CAUGCUGACACUUAUUUGAGAUGCCUGUUCUGCGACUGAAUUGUGUGUUCGCAGUUGCUACUUCUUAAAUUUUGGUAAAAAAACCAUGGGUUGCUGUGACGAUGAUGGUGAUCGCGGAUGCUGCGCCUUCCCGCAUGGUCGUCUUUCUAUUUGGUCUAUGAUAUUGGCCAUCUGUACCUACAUUGUGACAAGCUUAUCUUUCUUUGGUUGCUUUUAUGUCGAAGUCGAUGGCGCAUUCGAUUUGGAUCUGGGAAUCUUCAGUGGUCAAUUCGAUUCCUCAAGAGGUGUUGGACUAUUUUCGUACGAAGAUCCGUUUCGAGACGAUUAUACAUGUGUAUCGUACUCACAAAAUCAAAUAGAGAGGAUGGACGGUGCCUUCCGAACUGCCCGAGUCUUUGGAUAUAUCGCCAAUAUUUUCAUCGGGAUUGCUGCACUCAUGCUGAUUCUAAUGGGUUGUCUCAGAUUUAAUAAUGCCGCGAUGAAGGGUAUUGGAAGCCUGCUUCUGGCCGGGGCGAUUUUUUCCCUGCUGACCUUUACCUUCUUUGCUUCCGAUACUUGCUCCAAUGAUUGCGACUUUUUCGCGGGUGCUGGAUUGGCGGUUGUCGGCACAUUCUCGGCUUUCGCGACAGCAUUACUUGUCUUUAAAAUCCCAUCGACCUCACAAUCCAAUUCCUUGUCAGAGCCUCAAUCUGGACAUCAGCAUGCUCCGUUUGCACCCGGCACUCAAACGGUGACCGAAACAACCUUGCUGGAUGGCACGAAGAAGGUUGUCAGAACAACUGUGAAUGCAGACGGUUCCAGAACUAUUGAGGAAACUGUCGAAAGGUGAUCUUAGAUAGGCGCAGUAGUAGCGUAUCUUUAUAGAUUUUCGAAUCAGAUCUCUUUGAUGCCAGUACAAGUUAACAACAGAACACAAAAUUUCCAUUGUUCCUGUCGACAUUGGAGCUUUGGUCAAGCAGCAAGUGGCUUCUCUCUCAUUUUUGCAAUCUUGAUCACCUUUGAGGAGCAUUCGAGUGGGUUCGUUCACAGUCAGGUUUCCCCGAGAAGGCAUUCGUUCUGCGAGUUAUGUGGGAGCAAUUU